AUGCCUUGGCAAACCUGGUAUGGAGUUCUGCGAAAUGCUAUACGUGGUAUAGGUGGACUAUUGUCAGAUGCUUACACGGACGGCAAUGUCAAGAAGAUCGGAGAUAUCACUUUGGUACCACAGCCUAACGACAGUCCGCAUGAUCCUUUGAACUGGCCGUCGCUCACGAAGAAUGUCCUCUUGAUGGUGAUUGCCCUAGCAUCCGGUGUCACAGUUUCCUUGGGCCCUAUGAUCUCCCCUGGAUUACCGCUCCUGGCCAUGGAAUACCAGAAGAGCCUCGAUGUGAUAUCUACAUACCUAGUUGGACUAUUCAUACUCUGGACAGGUGCAUUUACGUUCUUCACCUCGGCAGCAGCUUCAGUCUGGGGCAAAAGAGUGGUGUUUGUUCUUUCCGCGGCCGCUUUACUUGCGCUCAAUGCCUGGGGAGCAUUUGUGAAGUCCUUCGAAGAGUUCGUUGUCAUGCGGUUGCUUCAAGGCUUCGCGUCGGCACCGUUCGAAACGCUUGUAACCUCUACCAUUCAAGACCUCUUCUUCGUACAUGAGCGCGGCGGAAAACUAGCCAUCUGGGGGCUGAUGUUGACAUCUGGAGUUCUCCUAGGACAAGUUAUCUCCGGAGUUAUCAUUGAACGACUUGGUGUGAAAUACACCUUUGGUAUUAGUGCCUUGAUCUUCAUCCCUCUACUCAUCGCAACGUUCUUCUUUGUGCCAGAGACGGUCUACCAUCGAGGAGAAGUGCUCAAAACAGUCGAACUUGCUGAUGGGGAGAAAAAUCAGACCACGAUCACCAUUAGAUCCGCUGAGUUUGGUAACUCACAAUCAUCCAAAUACGCUGUGUUUCGCGGCCGAGUCUCCAAUGAGAGCUUUUUUAAGCAGCUGAUCAAGCCAUUCCCCCUAUUCGUCUGUCCCGCAGUAGUGUUUGGCAGCUUCAUCUAUGGAAGCUUCUUUACCUGGCUUGUGGCAUUGUCCGUCUUAUCUGUCCCUAUGUUCUCUGCACCACCAUACAAUCUGACGCCAUCACAAGUUGGUUUGACAAAUCUGCCACUACUCGCCACUGGACUUUUGGGAGCUCCAGCUUCUGGUUGGAUGGCGGAUAAGGUCAUACGCUCAAUGGCCAAACGAAAUAAUGGCGUCUACGAGCCCGAAUUUCGACUCACUCUCAUGGCCAUUGGGGCACUUUUGUCUACAAUUGGAUUUUUCGGUCUUGGAGCGACAAUUGAUGCGGGCGCGCCCAUUGCUUGGCCAUUGACAUUCAUUUCCCUCCACUCUCUCGCCAUUCCAUUCGCAAGUCAGGCCGCCUACACUUAUGUGGUUGACUGUCAUCCUGACGAUGCCAAUCAAGCUUUUGUAACCAUUGGACUUGUGAAGUCUCUGCUCGCUUUUCUCGCAACCACGUCUGUGAAUGGCUGGUUCCAAGCUCAAGGGGCGAAAACAGUGUUCUGGUCGAUUGGAGGCUUGAACCUGGGAUUAUGUGCUUUGACAAUCCCCAUGUACAUUUUUGGUAAGAGAUUUCGAGGACUGGUUGCCCGCAAGAUCUCGACUAGGAUGUCGAACCAGUGUGUGGUUCUGGCAAAAAGGCGAACCUUUCAAACGCCUAAACCCCAAAGUUCUGUGGUUGAUACGACCGUGGAGCCGUUGAGCUUGCCAUGA